GCGGCCCGGGAACCCGGAUCCACGGGAGACACUGCUCUCGCCCUGUGGAGCCCGCGGAGCAGAAACCUCCGUGCAUUGGAGACCAUGGAUAAAUAUGACGUGAUUAAGGCUAUCGGGGAAGGUGCCUUUGGGAAAGCAUACUUAGCCAAAGGAAAAUCAGAUAGCAAACUCUGUGUUAUAAAAGAGAUCAGUUUUGCAAAGAUGCCCAUCCAAGAAAAAGAAGCUUCCAAGAAAGAAGUCAUUCUUCUGGCAAAGAUGAAACAUCCCAACAUUGUAACCUUCUUCAGUUCCUUUCAAGAAGACAAUAGGCUCUUUAUUGUGAUGGAGUAUUGUGAUGGAGGGGAUCUCAUGAAAAGGAUCAAGAGACAACGGGGAGUGUUGUUUCGUGAAGAUCAGAUUCUGAGUUGGUUUGUACAGAUUUCUCUAGGAUUAAAACAUAUUCAUGACAGAAAGAUCUUACACAGGGACAUAAAAGCCCAGAACAUUUUUCUUAGCAAGAAUGGAAUGGUUGCAAAGCUUGGGGACUUUGGUAUAGCAAGAGUUCUAAACAAUACCAUGGAACUUGCUAGAACUUGUGUUGGAACACCUUACUACCUGUCUCCAGAGAUCUGUCAGAAUAAACCCUACAACAAUAAAACGGAUAUCUGGUCUCUUGGCUGUGUCUUAUAUGAGCUCUGCACACUCAGACAUCCUUUUGAGGGUAACAACUUACACCAGCUGGUUCUGAAAAUUUGUCAAGCACAUGUUGCCCCAAUAUCUCCAAGGUUUUCCCGGGACCUACAGUCCUUGAUAUCCCAGCUCUUUGAAGUAUCUCCUCCAGAUCGACCCUCCAUUAAUUCCAUCUUGAAAAGGCCAUUUUUAGAGAAAUUAAUUGGCAAAUACUUGACUCCUGAGGUCAUUCAGGAAGAAUUCACUCACAGCCUCAUACAUAAAGCAAGAGCGUCUGCUUCUCAACCUGCUGGAAAGGUGGUCCAAGAUUCUAAAAUACAGAAAGUGAGAUUCCAGGGAAAGUGCCUACCAAGAUCAAAGAUAUCAGUGCCAACUAAAAGGAAGGACAUAUUAUAUAGAAAUGAAUGGAGACCACCAGCUGGAGCCCUGAAGCCAGUAUCUAUAAAAAUGGCAGAAAGGCCCAAACUUGCUGUGUGUGGACAUUAUGAUUAUUAUUAUGCCCAACUUGAUUUGUUGAGGAAGAGAGCCCACGGACCAAAUUACCACUAUGUUCCUCAAAACGAUACCAGAGUUGAGGAGAAUUAUAAUCAGGAAGAACGCCACAGUCCGCCUCCAGGUCAAUGGCCUGCUGAAUACCUUCAGAGGAAAUUUGAAGCUCAACAAUAUAAGCUGAAAGUGGAAAAACAGUUGGGUCUUCGUCCGUCUUCUGCUGAGCCAAGUCACAAUCAGAGACAAAAGCUAAGAAGUAACGGAGAAGAGCCUGGAUUCCAGGGACUGCAGUUCAGGAGAAACGAAAUGAAGGAACAGGAAUAUUGGAAGCAGUUAGAAGAAAUACGCCAACAGUACCACAGUGACAUGAAGGAAAUUAGAAAGAAGUUGGGAUGUGAACUGGAGGAGGACUCAAAAAUAAAUCCUAAAACCUAUUUGGUGAAGAAGAGCGACCUGCCCGUCCACCAGGAGGCCCCCGAGGAAGAAGCCCCCGUGCAGGAUAUUGAAAGAGACUUGAAACAAAUUAGACUUGAGAGCAUAAAGGAAGGUAAAAUUCCAGAACAAAAAUAUAAAGCUAAGAGAGGGGUAAAGUUUGAAAUUAAUUUAGACAAAUGUAUUUCUGAUGAAAACACCCUCCAAGAGGAAGAGGCAAUGGAUAUACUAAAUGAAACGUUGACCUUUGAGGACGGCAUGAAGUUUAAGGAAUAUAAACGUGUAAAGGAGCAUGAGGAUUAUACAGACAAAGCAUUUGAAAAACUCUGUUGCCCAGAAGCAGAGCUGUUCAUUCAGGACGCUGCAGCUGCAGAGAACAGGAGGCAAUGGGACACUGGCGCUCCUCAGACUCUGCUACAAAUGAUGGCGGAGGCCGAUGUCACCUCCCGCUCCACCGUGCCUGAGGAUGGCCAGGUGAUCGUGAUUGAAGGCGUUCCAGAAAAUAGGAAACAGUGGCGGCGCGAAGCACCAGGAACCUUAAUGAGUGUUUUGGCAGCAGCACAUCUAACAAGGAGCUCGUUUUCUGCCAGUGAUGGAGAAUUUGUGGGAACAUUAAAACCACAGCGUCCUGAAGAAGAUGAGGGGAAGGUGGCAGUGGCCUCUGACAUUGAGGUAGAUGAAGAACAACCAGAACCAAGAUCUGAUGAUGAUGAUACAAAUUUUGAAGAAUCUGAAGAUGAGUUGAGAAAUGAAAUAGUAGAAUCCUUGGAAAAACUUGCUACUUCCAAAGAGGCAGAAAAAACAGAAGUGGCUUCUGGUUCCUCUAAGGAUGCUGAGAACUUAGAGAAAAGAGAGGGGAUAAGCAUGCACAAGUAUGCAGAAUUAAACGAAGGUUUGGAGAAUAUUUCUACUCUACCUAAUGACAAAAUCUGUACUGCUGACGAAGACCAAGAAAUGUCACCAACCAGUCAAAAUACCCAAGUGUGACUAUUGAACUUUUUAAAAGUAAUGUUAGUAUCUAUUGACUUAGUGUCUCUGGGUGCAAGUUGUAAAUAUUCAUUUAUUGUAAGGGUUUUCCAGUAAUCCCAAGGCUUUGUUAGUUUUUCUCUCAAUUUAGACAAUAGGACUGACUUUUGAGUGUAGACAUUAAUAUUUUUACUUUAACAUUUCUGUUAAGAAAUCUUUCAGUGGGGAGGGUAUAGCUCAGUGGUAGAGCGUGUGCUUAGCAUGCGUGAGGUCCUGGGUUCAAUCCUCCGUACUUCCAUUAAAAUAAAUAAGUAAAUAAAUAAACCUGGUUACCUCCCCCUAAAAACAAACAAACAAAAAGAAAUCUUUUAGCUAUGUGUGGUUGGCAGAGUAAUGUGACUCCCUCCAACCCACAUACACCCAAAGAUAUGAAUAUAUUUUUACUAGGCAAAGAGGAAUUAAGGUUGCAGGUGGACUUAAGGUUGCUAAUCAGCUGACCUUAGAAUAGGGAGGUUAUCAGGUAGGCUCAACGUAAGCACAAGCAUGAAGUGGGAGAGGGAGGCAGAAGAGAGAAUCAGAGAGGUGGCAGCUGAGAGGGAUUCAGCCUGAUGCUGCUGGCUUUGAAGACAGAGGAAGGGGCCACAAGCCAAAGAAUGCAGGCAGCCUCCAGAACCUGGGAAAGGCAAGCAAACGGAUUCUCCCUUAAAGCUUGAAGAAGGAAUGCAGCUCUGCCAAUGCCUUGAUUUUAGCCUCGUGAGAUCCACUGUAGACUUCUGACCUACCGAACUGUAAGAUAGUAAAUUUGUGUUGUUUUGACUAAGUUUGUGGUGAUUUGUUGUUAACCAUAGAAAACUAAUACAAUGUACAAAUUCACUCAUUUAAAAUAAUGAAUCUGUCAUUUUAUAAAACUGUGGUUUU